GUGUGGAGGAGGCUGAGGUAAAGUUGGGAGCGGCGGCGGCGGCGACGAGAGCGGUGCUGGCGGCGGCGGAGGAGGCGCCGGCAUUCCACCUUGUAAAUACCGUUAUUUGUAUAUACUGUAAAUGAUGACAUCCGUGGGGCCUGCCCGGGCCCGGGGGACCUGGGAACAGACGCAGACACAGACCCAAACACAGCACAAGCAACGGCCACAGGCCACGGCUGAGCAGAUCCGGCUCGCGCAGAUGAUCUCGGACCACAACGACAGUGACUUUGAGGAGAAGGUGAAGCAGCUGAUGGACAUCACGGGGAAGAACCAGGACGAGUGCUUGAUCGCCCUGCACGACUGCAACGGGGAUGUGAACCGAGCCAUCAACGUGCUGCUCGAGGGCAGCCCGGACACGCAUUCCUGGGAGAUGGUCGGGAAGAAGAAGGGCGUUUCGGGCCUGAAGGACGGCGGGCAGGCGGAGCCCAGCGAGGAGGGCAAAGAAGACCGGGACCGCGACCGGGACCACAGCCGGCGCCGGGGCGGACCCCCCAGGCGGGGGAGAGGCGCCAGUCGCGGACGAGAGUUUCGGGGCCAGGAGAACGGAGUGGACGGGGUGAAGAGCGGGGGCCUGUCCGGCCGGGGGACGGAGCGAGGCAGGAGAGGCCGCGGGCGAGGCCGAGGCGGCUCUGGGCGGAGAGGAGGAAGGUUUUCGGCCCAAGGCAUGGGGACCUUCAACCCGGCCGACUACGCGGAGCCGGCCAGCGCGGAAGAGAGCUACGGCGGCGGGGGCGGAAACACGUGGAACAGCACCGGGAGCUUGGAGCCGGACGACGGGGCCAGUGCGUGGAGGAGCGCGACAGAGGAGUGGGGAACCGAGGACUGGAAUGAAGAUCUGUCGGAAACCAAGAUCUUCACGGCCUCGAGCGUCUCUUCUGUCCCGCUGCCUGCAGAGAACGUGACCAUCACCGCCGGGCAGAGGAUCGACCUGGCCGUGCUCCUGGGCAAGGCCCCCGCGUCCCUGGAGAGCGAGCCGCCCACCCUGGACCCCUCCCAGGCCCCCUCGCUGUCGCAGCCGCUGGUGUUCAGCAACUCCAAGCAGAGCACCGGGUCCCAGCCGCCCUCCAGCAGCGCCUUCGCCCACCACAACAUGGUGGGCAUGCUGGGCAAGGGGUUCGGCGACGUGGGCGAGGCCAAGGGCGGCACCACCGGCUCGCAGUUCCUGGAGCAGUUCAAGACGGCCCAGGCCCUGGCGCAGCUGGCGCAGCACGCCCCGCCCGGGGGGCCCACGGCCCCCCCCACCCCCGCCGCCGCCGCCUCCUGGGACCUGGGCACCGCCGCCACGACGCAGGCCCCGGCCCUGGGGCCGUACGACCUGAAGCCCCCGGCGGACUCGGCGGUCCACAGCCCCUUCGCCAAGCACCAGGCCUUCCCCACGUCGGCGACCAUGAUGGAGGUCUUCCUGCAGGACAAGGCUCCGGCCGUGGCGGCCGCCCAGGCGCCCCCGGCCUCCCCGCUCCCCAGCAAGCCGCCGCCGCCGGCCGCCGCCCCCCAGGGCUCCCCCGGCGCGUCGGACCACCCGCCCUCCAGCCCCCAGCCCGCCCACCAGAAGCUCCGGCCGCAGAAGAAGAAGGCCUCGCUGACGGCCAAGAUUCCCACGUUGGCGGUGGAGAUGCCCGGCUCGGCCGACAUGUCCGGACUGAACCUGCAGUUCGGGGCGUUGCAGUUCGGGUCUGAGCCUGUGCUUCCGGACUAUGAGAUAGCCGCCGUCGCCGCCGCCGCCACCGUGACCACCCCGGGGGCCAGUCAGCCCCCCAACAGCUUGUUCACCAGCACGGCCAGCGACGCUCCGUCCACGAUCUCGUCCAGCCAGAGCCAGGAGUCCGGCUUCCCGAGCGGCCCCGCGGUGCCGGCUACCUUCCCCUCGCAGGGCAGCGGGGCCGGCCCCCUGUACGAGCAGCGGGCCACCCAGACCCGCCACUACCCGGCCUCCAUCUCCUCCUCCUCCAUGUCGUCCUCCAUCUCCUCCUCGCCCCAGAAGGAUCUGGCCCAGGCCAAGAACGGCUUCGGCUCGGUGCAGGCCUCCCAGUUACCCACCGCCCAGGCCACCGAAGGUGCUCCCGGCCCCGCCGCCAAGGCCGACUCGUCCUCCAACCCCGGCCUCGCCUCCCUGCCGGACGCCGUCCCCCCGGCCUCGCUGCUGACCACCGCCAACCCGCACGCGGCCACGCUGAGCGGCCUGAACCACAGCGAGGAGCUGCCCACCACCACCGCCCCCCCCGCACAGAGCGCGCUGUCCACGCAGCAGAGCACGCUGUCGUCCUCGACGCCCUCCGGACGCACUUCAACAGCCGCCCUUUUGCACACGAGCGUGGAGAGUGAGGCGACGCUCCAUUCUUCCGCCAGCACUUUCUCCACGGUGUCCAGCUCCGCGGCGGGGCCCCCGCCCGUGGUCAGCGCCUCGGCCAGCCUGGGCCUCGGCCUGGGCAGCACCUCCUCCGUCACCGCCUCCACCCGCGGCUCCGUCGCCACGACUUCAGGAAAAGCCCCCCCGAAUCUCCCACCCGGGGUGCCCCCGCUGUUGCCUAACCCAUACAUCAUGGCUCCGGGCCUGCUGCAUGCCUACCCGCCCCAAGUGUACGGUUACGACGACCUCCAGAUGCUCCAGACAAGGUUCCCUCUGGAUUACUACAGCAUCCCAUUCCCCACGCCCACCACCCCGCUGACCGGGAGGGACGGCAGCCUGCCCAGCAACCCUUAUUCCGGUGACCUCACGAAGUUCGGCCGCGGAGACGCGUCGUCCCCGGCCCCGGCCACGACGCUGGCCCAGCCGCCGCAGCCGAGCCAGACGCAGACGCACCACACCACGCAGCAGACAUUCCUCAACCCGGCGCUGCCGCCCGGCUACAGCUACACCAGUCUGCCCUACUACACCGGGGUCCCGGGCCUGCCCAGCACCUUCCAGUACGGGCCCGCCGUGUUCCCUGUGGCUCCUACCUCUUCCAAGCAGCACGGUGUGAAUGUCGGGGUCAGCGCCUCGGGGACCCCCUUCCAGCAGCCCAGCGGCUACGGCUCUCACGGAUACAACACUGGAAGAAAAUACCCCCCUCCGUACAAGCAUUUCUGGACGGCCGAGAGCUAGUCGCGCCCGAGACCGCGGGCCGUGUUUUGUGUGUGUGUGUGUGUGUGUGUGUGUGUGAAUUUGCACUGAAGUCUCGUUUCAGACCACCGAGGAGCCGGCCAGCCCGAUGACCCCCCCCCCAACCCCCCCCCCCGGU